AAUUGUCAAUUCUUAUUCAUAAUUAUUUGCAAUUACAUCUCAAUCCACUCAAUUACUCUUAGUCAAUCAGCUUAGUUAUGGCCAACCCACAUAAAGUUCUUUAUAAAGGUCAAGAAGUCGAUUUCAUUUUAUUUGUCGAUGAUAUAGAAUUGUUGAAGAAGUAUCGUAAGGGAGACACUACAAUCCCUUUAGUUGAUUUAGUAUCUGUGUACAAGGUAUUUUCCAAUAGAAAUCGUGGUUCUGGUGGUAUCUUUGACCAAGCAUCCAAGGGAGAUUUGGAAAAUGAAUUUGGGAAAACUUCCGUUGAUGAUAUCAUCAAGAAGAUCUUGAUUGAAGGUGAAGACAAGAAGGAUGUUCAUCUCAAUCCUGAAUAUUCCAGCAAGAAUGAUUCUCAUGGUGGUAGAGAUAGUGGUAACUAAACAACCUGAUUACUCUUUUUUUAAGCAUAAAAGUUUGUAUGUUUUUAUGAAGUAAAAAAGUAUACACAAAAUAUACAUCUAUAUCAAAGC